AUGAAGCUGCAGAUAUUGAAGACAUUCUCAAUGGAGAUGCUGUUGGAAGAAGUAUAUGCCACAGGUGGUAUGAUGCUGAAGCUAAAAGCAAAGAUUUGUACUAUGGCAGGCUUCUUAGCAUUAAAAAAUAAUAAUGCUUUAUAUACAGUUUCCUAUUGGAAACCAAAUGAAAACAAGGACGAUGAUGCUGUUGAAUAUGAUAUGAGCAAAUAUCAAUUAUCUGCAGACAUCACAAACGGGACAUUAAGAUUAUUUAGGAUUUCUUGUAUUAAGUGUUUAGACAGAGAUUCCUCGUUAUAUUUUUAUAUGGAUAACAAAAUUAAUUGCUGCUUUGUAAAUAAUUAUGGAGCUUGUUAUAAACAAUCAUAUACUCAAGAAAGAAAUCUGAUUGAAGAUAUUGACAGCAAUGAUCGUAAGCUAAUUGAAAAACGAACUAAUCUGAAACAAGAACAAAUUACUAAUAUAUGCACACACCAUCAUGAUAUGUUAGUUGUAAGAUAUGAGGGUAAUCAGAAAAGUUGCUGUAAUCCAUUUCUGAGUCACCAAAAGAUGUGUAGAGCAUCUCUACGUGUGAUUACAAUGCAUACUGUGUUAGAAGCAGAAACCAUAGGUUUUAAUCUUAUACCUGGAAAAAAACUGUGUCCAACCUGUCGAAGUAAAGUUAUGACAUGUUUAUCAAAAAGUAUAAGUGAAAAUAAAAAUGAUAAAGAUUUUGAUAUUGUUAAUGAAAGAUCCAUUCAAAAUAAAAAAGAAAGUGUAGAUACACACUUUGCAUCUGCCGAAGUAUCUCCAAUUAAGGUCAAAGGAUUGCACAAGUCAGGUAAAAUCAGAGAAGGUAAACGAAAAUUGACAGCAUUAACAUUCUCCAUUAAAAAAAAGGUAGCCAUUUCCCUUAAUAUAUCAGAAGAAAGUUUUGAAGAAUAG